AUGGACGCCGCGACCAUCGAAGAGACGAAUCGCAUCCGCGUUUCGCUGGGCAUGAAGCCAUUGCCGGUCCCUGGUGCCGCCCCAGCCGAAACACAGCACGACGAUUCUGCAUCGGAAGAAGAAGAUGCAUCUGCGACACUCGAAGGACGUCAGGCGCAAGCAUACGACAACUACCAAAAGGUUCGCGACGCCGAAGCCGCCAAGCGCAAACGAGAAGAGCGAGCCGCCGCAGCGAAAAGGGAAAGAGAAGCUGCGCAGCGCAAUGCAAUCUUAGAGGGCAAGGGUCUCGGCGAAGCUGACGAAAACGACGUGGACGCAAAGGCAUGGUUGAAAGCGCAGAAGAAGCGACAAAAGGCCAUCGAGAAGGCUAGGAAGUUGGAGGAGGAACAGGCGGCAGCUGAAGCAGCUGCGCUCGCGGCAGUCGAGUACACUUCGAAAGACCUUGCUGGAGUCAAGGUCGCGCACGAAUUGGACAACUUUCUCAACGGCGAUGAACAGAUUUUGACCCUGAAGGACUCGACCAUCGACCAGAACGAAGAAGAGGGCGAUGAGCUUGAGAACAUGGACGUAAGAGCCAGAGAGCAAUUGCAAGAGAGGCUAGAUCUGAAGAAGAAAAAACCAGCAUACGACGUCUUUGCUGCGGCAGAUGAGGAUGGUGAAUGCGGCAUCUUGGCUCAGUACGACGAAGAAAUUUACGGCAAGAAGGGCAAGAAGUUCACUCUUGAUGGGUCUGGCGCUAUUGCGGAGUUGGGAGAUAUUCUUGGAGCACCAGAAAAGGUCAAAAAGUUGCAAAACAUUGAUCUCGAUGUCAUGCAAGACGCACCUACUUCAGAUUACCUUGAUAUCUCAGAGAUUAAGGUGAAGAAGCCGAAGAAGAAGAAGAACAAGUCUACAAGGCAGAAGCCUAUUGAUGAGGACGACAUCUUCCCCCUUGAUGCGACACCGGCGGACGACAACGAGAUGGACGUAGACUCCGGCGCGGUUAUCAGCAAGAAGAAACGCAAAGUGGAGGACGACAAUUUUGUUGAUGACGACGAUUUGCAGGCUUCCCUUGCCAUCCAACGAAAGAGCGCAUUAAAGAGGCGGAAGAAGAACCGGCCCGAGGACAUUGCUCGGCAACUCAAAGAACAAGUAGAUGAGCCGGACAAUGAGGCUCUCAAUGGCGGUGUAGUGAUUGAUGAGAUUUCCGAGUUUGUGUCCAAUCUGAAGAAGCCUGAAGAGGAGGAGGAGCGCAAGACAAAGAGGCCAAAGUCCACUUCAGUAGAGCCUGUAACGGCCAUGGGCGUCGACAACGACGACGACGAUGAAGAUCACCCGAUGGGCGACGAUGCCUAUGAAUUUCCCGAGGAUAGAGCUCGAGAGACAUCUGCAGAGAUUGCGGCGACGGGAGUGGACGAAGAGAAGUCACUCAACACCGGUAUGGGUUCAGCUCUAGCACUACUCAGAGAGCGUGGUCUUAUCAAAGACUCUCAUGGUGCGGAGCGAAACAUGAGCGAACGCCAAAAGGCCGAAUUUUUGGCAGAAAAGAGACGUCUCGAGAGGGAGCAAGAAGACCGAGCAAAGUACCAGCGAGAGCGCGACAGAAACAGCGGCCGACUGGAUUCCAUGUCUGUAAGGGACAGAGAGGAGCGCGCUCGACAAGCAAACGCCCAUCGCGAACUGCAGCAAUCACGCGUCGUCGACGAGCUUUUCAAGAAGCACUACAAGCCCAACGUGGAGCUCAAGUACGUGGACGAUCACGGCAGAUCUCUCGACCAGAAGGAAGCCUUCAAGCACAUGAGUCACCAGUUCCAUGGCAAGGGCAGCGGCAAGGGCAAGACCGACAAGUUGCUGAAGAAGAUUGAGGAGGAGAAGCGACGCGAGGCCAAGCCGACGUUUGACGCGAGCGAGAACGCAAACAUGAACUCAUCAUCGGCGAAGCGGCAGGCCGGUGUUCGAUUACAAUAA